AUGAUUUAUUUUCAAUUAGAAGAUUUAUCCAAUAAUGUCAAGUCAAAGUUAACAUCAAUUGACCUUCUAGCAAUUUGUCAUCCUGCUCAUUUAUCUGCAAAAUCAAAUCGAGAAAAGUUUUUUGAUUCGAUCGUCGAGGACCUCAAUGCUCUUCAAACAAAUGAACUUUAUAUUCCAGCUUUAGGUGGUCGAUUAAAUUUUGCAUUUUCUAUUGUAGCUGGUGAUCACUUAGCAUCUAAUGAUAUAGGUGGUUUUCAAAAAUCUUUUAGUAAUGGCCAAUUUUGUAGACAUCGUCAUAUAAAUUAUGAUCAACGAUUUAUUUAUUUAAGUGAAAUUUCUCAUGUUCAAAGAACAAAAGAUCAGCAUGAUAAUUUAGUUCAACAAGUGUUACGUUUGAAUAAUAAUGAUGUUAUAGAUGACGUUAUUGAUAAAAGUCCAUUAUCAGAAUGA